AUGGGUUUGAUAGCUAUUUUCACGUUCGUUAGAUGGUUCGUUUCCCAUCAUACCCACAAACUACUUGGACCGAAACCAAAACCAGAACUAAAGGCGAAUACAGAUAUCGAUACUCGACCUUGGCGUCCACUUCCUACUUUGCCUGAUGAAAUUUGGCGAGAUAUCUUUUUGUUGGUCGCUGAACCGACUUACAAUACUCCUCCAUGCUGGCAAAGAGGUUAUGACGGAUACAUGAUGACUGGUGGAAACACAUCUACCGGUAAAGAUCUAGCAACGUGUAUGAGAGUUUCAACAACAUUCAAUAGAGUCGCAUCCGACAUACUCUAUAACGAAAUUCCCACUUCCGACCCAUAUAGGUUCUUCUACGGUAUCGAUUACACACCUCCUAAUGAGAAUAGGAAUAGGAUGUCGAAGAUCCAAUGUCUGUCUAAAGUCAAGCGCAUCUCCCUGGUAUAUCCUAAAUCUUAUUCGAAACCCACUCCAUCUUUCUCAGGUGAUUUCCAAUGGAUGAACCUCUCGAUUUAUAGGAUGCCACAAAGUCAGGAAGAUAAGAAGUACCUCAAGAUGUACCUUCAAGCUUUGGAUAGCGCAUCACAUGCGUAUCAAAUAUUGGCGAAGAUCAGAACGGAAGGACCGAUGAUGAUGUUGGGAGUUGGAAUGGGAAAUAUCGGAAAUAUCAUAAUUGGUAAAAUGCCUUAUAAGGCUACCGACUGCCUUUGGUUAUUUAACAAUACUGCUAUUGGGAAAUUAUCAGGUGCCAAGCCCAAACCUUCUCUUGAGGAUAAGAUCGUCAAAGAUUUACUGGAAAGGAAAGAAGAAAUCUCAAUGGGAUUAUCAAGAGAAUUGUAUUACAUCACUUCGAUGAGUAGGUAUAGACAAGUUUGUUAUCAUUCGAAUUUCGGUCCAUGGAAUUACCUUCCUCCUCCAUCUCUCGAUCGAUUGCUCUCAAGAGGAGUUAGAUAUACACCGACGCAAAUCAAUAUAUUCAUGAACAACAUGGGUAAAUUCUUCGGCAAUUCACCAUACAUCGUUCAGGGUACCACGAACAAUUGGAUCAUUUGUAAAAGUCUUUUCCCUUUUUAUUCGGCUAAUCAAUGGACAUCUUCGAUCGAUGAACAAGUCGGUCGUACAGUCGUUGAACUAUUCAAGAUUUUCCGAAACUAUAUCACCAAGUUUAUCAAAAGUAAGGAAUUUGCCAAAUCUCAACAACGAUCUCGAAUAGGGCCAACCAGACUUAAUAUCAUCCUACCUGUCAAUAUCAACUCCUUGAGGUUAGCAGCGAACAUCCUAAAACAUGGAUCCCAGCCUAUCGUCAGUACCACAAGCACAGUCUCUCAGAAAGAUAGAAUGUUGAUAUAUAGCAGAUUGGAAAGAUGGUUAAUGAACAAAGGCGUGGCGUAUUAUCAUGCUAGAGGUUUAUCUAUCCAUGUUAGAGAAUCUACUGAAGGUAAACCCGUCAAUUUGGAUAGGACGGCAGAUCAAAUGGAAUGUAGCUGUUGUGGAUCGAUUGAAUACGUUUAA